GAAAAAUGUAAAAAUAGAUAAAUAUUUCCUCUCUGCGGAAGAAGUCUUACAAAAAUCCUGAGCUCUGUUAGACAGACAGAUAAACAGAAGAGGAAGACAGAGGAGGGAAAGGACAGCUAUUUCAAGGAGCAGAAAAUGAUGAGGCUGGAGUAAAGGUAGAGCAAAGAGAAAACACCUCAAGUCUGCAACUCGUGAGCUCUUUGUGAACUCUUUUCCUGCCAUGGAGCCGUCAUCCCAGAUGUUACUCUGAGGGCCAAACCAGGACUUAAGCAGAGAGGAGAGGCAGACAGAGGAGGGAGGAAAGCAGCAAACCUUGGCUGUGCUGAGGAAAAGGCAGUUGUGUGGGAGAGCAGAGGCGAAGAGAGAGCGACGUAAGGCGGGGGAGUGGAGGAGUGAGGCGCCCCUUUCUUCCAGCGGAGUGAGAGGGGAAACGGGGGGGAAAAGAAGGACAGCGGAGAGAUAAAGAGUCGGGGAAGGAGGGAGAAGAGCCGGCUGGACAUGGGGCUUUGUGCUGUUCUCCUCAUCUGUCUCUCCCAGGCUGAGCUGGGGAGAGUCUGGGCUGAGGAGCAUGAAGAUGCACUGAGAGGUACUCCUCUGCGGACAGAUGGGGAUCUGUCCGGUCUUCACAGAACCAGGAGGGACCAGCAGACCCCACACAAACACAGAGAAGUCCGCAACGCACAGGCUGAAGGAGGAGGAAGAGUUGAUAUCAGUACCCUGCCUGACAACGUGACCCGCAUCGUGGAGGACUCCCAGAAGUACUACAGAUGGCAGAGUUUUGGUCCAACAGACAGACGGACUGAAGACUUGUGGGUGGAUCUGAGUGCCCUGCACAAGAGUCAAGUCCAAAUCCAUGGCAUACUGUCCAACACACACCGACAGGCAGCGAGGGUAGCUCUUUCCUUUGAUUUCCCUUUUUACGGACACUACUUGAGACAGAUCAUCGUGGCGACUGGCGGGUUCAUCUUCAUGGGGGAGAUCACUCAUCGAAUGCUGACUGCCACGCAGUACGUUGCUCCCCUCAUGGCCAACUUUGACCCCAGCUUCUCCAAAAACUCAACAGUGAGGUACUCGGACAACGGUAAUCUAUUUGUGGUCCAGUGGGACAAAGUGCGACUAAAGGACCGAGAAGCUGAGGGACCUUUCACUUUCCAGGCAGCCCUCCACAAAAAUGGAACCAUAGUUUUCAACUACAGAGAUGUCCCCGUACCCGUGGCAGACAUUAAUUCAACCGAACACCCAGUGAAAGUGGGACUGUCUGAUGCCUUCGUGGCCUUCCUCCUCGCCUCGGAUGUGAAACAGCGAACGAUCUACGAGUAUCACCGUGUUGAGAUUGACACCACAAAGAUCGUUAGUGGAUCUGCUUUCGAGUUCACACCCCUGCCCACCUGUCUUCAACACACAUCCUGCGAGCUCUGCCUAACGUCCAACCUGACAAGCGGCUGCGGCUGGUGCAACACACUCCAACGAUGCUCUGAUGGCAUCGAUCGGCAUAGACAAGAGUGGUUAGAUUACAACUGCCCUGAAGAGGCACAAGGGACAUGUGAGGACUACAACCCGGUGCUACCCGAGGGAUCUAUGAGCUCCUUUAACAGCACCUCCCCAGUUCCAACACCUUCCUCGGCAGUGCUCGAUGACCAGCCUGUCACUAGAGAUUUACAAACGGGUCCUCCAAACCGUAAGGGGAUAACAGAGAACACGGCCAUCAUAGCAGGUGUAGUGGCCGCGUUGGUUCUGCUUGUAGCUCUGACCUUACUGGCCGUCUACUACAUCAACACACACCCCACAGUGGCUCCACCCUUCUACCUCAUGCAGCAACUACUGUCUGUUGUUCGUAGCGACGCACCAAUAACUACUGGCCCUCCAUGAAGUUCCGCAACCAGGGCUGUCACUCCAGUUAUGCCGAAGUCGAGCUUGGGGGUCAUGAAAAGGAAGGUUUCAUCGAAGCCGAGCAGUGCUGCUAAUGGGUUCUGGACUUGCAGGACUCAGUCAGACGAAGAAAAGACAACAUCUUGAGGACUGCAAAAUGUAUCACAAGGGGAUGGAUAUGGACGAUCAGGCCAACCAUCGAAGCAGAAGGUCCCUACUCCAACCUUGGUGACUGAACAGUGUUUACUGUAACUGCUCUUGUGGUUCUUGCCAGCUUUCUCUGUGUCCUUUGCUCUUUGCCAUCACACAGGAGAUUUGCCAUAUUAGCCAGGGUUUGGAGGAAGUGAGAGGAGGCCGACUGUACAGAAAUGAUGAGAUGCAACCGUGUAAUUGUAUAAAACCCAUCAAUGCAAGGGGAUGUCAGGGAAUGAAUCAAACUAGCCUUCAUACUGCAAACCAAUGUACAGCUCAACUUAACUAUAUGUUUCUGUUUUCAUUCAGUUUAUGGAGUUACAUUUGUUUCACGAAACUUCUACGCGACCAAUGAUUGGUUCAUAACAUGUGAUAUCUCUGUGGACUUCACUAUAACAGAUAUUUAGCUAUAUAACUGAUAGUGAUUAUAAUGAUGAUCUUGAACUUCUCUGGAGAAAUGUUGUUUGGAUGAAUUUUAGAAACAUCAGGAUAUGAGAGUUUUCUUUGAGCCUUUCUGUUUCAAUGUCUUCUAAUAAAAGCUGGUGGUGAGUGCUGA